CAACGGCAUUUUGAGCAAACCACUUAGUCAGUGUCCACCUGUCGCCCAGCACUUCACCUUCGGUCACGUCGCUAUGCGAGCUCUGCUCUCUCGCAUCCCGGUCUCUACCGCUGCCUUCUCCUCCUCCUCCUCCCAAACCCUAGCCCCGAGCCCUAGCCUCGUCCCCCUCCGCCUCGGCCGCCGCUUCGUCGCCAUGGCCGCCGCCGCCGCGGAGGAGUUCGUGAAGGGUCGCGUCUUCCCCAACGGCGUCGCCGUCAUCACCCUCGACCGCCCCAAGGCCCUCAACGCCAUGAACCUCGAAAUGGACCUUAGGUACAAGGCAUUUCUUGAUGACUGGGAAACAAAUCCAAAUGUGAAGUGCAUUCUUGUGGAAAGCAGUUCUCCCCGCGCCUUCUCAGCUGGGAUGGAUAUUAAGGGUGUUGCAUCGGAAAUUCAAAAGGACAAGAGUGGGGAUGUGAAGAGACUUUCUAUUGAUUGCACUAUGCCAGAGAUAAUAGAGGUCUUCACAGCUGAGUACUCUUUGAUUUGCAAGAUACAUGAGUAUGCAAAACCUUAUAUAUGCUUGAUGGAUGGUGUGACCAUGGGGUUUGGAAUUGGAUUGUCUGGACAUGGCCGCUACCGCGUUAUUACCGAGAGAACACUCCUGGCCAUGCCAGAAAAUGGUAUUGGCUUGUUCCCAGAUGUUGGCUUUGCUUACAUCGGUGCAAAAGCGCCAGGAGGGGGCGCAGUCGGAGCUUACCUUGGGAUGACAGGAAAAAGAAUAUCUUCACCUGCUGAUGCUCUGUUCAUAGGUCUCGGAACCCAUUAUGUACCUUCCGGGGACUUGGGUUCACUCAAGGAAUCCCUCCUGAGUGCUAACUUCACUGCUGAUCCUCACAAAGAUGUUGAGUCACUCCUGACUGGGUACAAGAAGGAACCUGAGUCGGUGCCUCAAUUAGAAAAGCUUUUACCGGAUAUUGUUUCUUCUUUUGGUCCUGAUAAAUCAGCUACUGAAUCAGUGGAAGAGCUAAAGAAGCGAAGUCAAAGUGGUGACGCCACUGUGUCAGAAUGGGCCAAUGAUGCUUUAGCAGGACUUCAGAAAGGUGCUCCGUUUUCUCUUUGUUUAACACAGAAACAUUUCUCUCGAGUUGCAUCGUCGUAUGGGAACAAUGAAAAUUAUCUAUCUAAGUUGGCUGGUGUUAUGAAAUUGGAGUACCGCAUUGCCUUGAGAUCGUCGGUUCGAAGUGAUUUUGCUGAAGGUGUACGAGCUGUCUUAGUUGACAAGGACCAGAAUCCAAAAUGGAAUCCAGCAACUCUGGAAGACGUAAACAUGGAUGAGGUCGAAUCAGUGUUUGAACCAUUAGCUGCCAACGCUGAGUUGAAUGUGUGAUUUUCUGUAGCAGCCCAGAAUGCUACGACCACCUGAACACCCUUUGUCCUUCCGAUGAUGUAAUAAAAAAUUAUUACAAACAUACAUACGGUUAUCCAUUGAGCCAAUAAAUUUGCCUGGAGUGCAUAGUCUGAAAACAGAGUUUGAUUAUCAGCAUUUGAUGCAGCUGUUUAUUUGUUGGA